AUGUUGGUCGCCGUCCAGGUGCUGGAUGACCAGCUGGCAGAUUUCGGCUGGGGCAUCAAGAAGUUGCUCGAGGCCCGUCAACAUCCUGCCGCAAUGCUACUUGCGGCAAGCUUUGACCAACUUUGCGUCACACUCACGAAGCGAACGCCGGGCAUGCUCUCGUGCUACGACGGCAAGUUGGUGCCUGAUGCGCAGUAUGGUUUCCACGUCGACAACCCCUAUAUGACAAACAUGAAAACGGCAGAUGAUGGCAGGAGGCUGACACUGAUCUACUACAUCUCCGACGGCCCUUGGGAUGUGAAGAAGGAUGGCGGCGCAUUGCAGGUGUGCCUCUCCGAUCCAAGCACUGCACCGUCCUCGACUGCAGAGGCGCUGACCCACGAUCGCUUUACCGUGGCCCCGGAGUUUGACACAUUGGUGGCGUUUUGGUCCCACACGAUGUUCCAUGCGGUGCUGCCAGUGACGGGCACCAGGCCACGAUUUGCCCUGUCCACAUGGUUCAUGGGCUAUUAG